CCAGACAAAAACACGGUCAUUCAGUGACAGAGAGAAGAGAUACCGAAAAGAAGAGGCGAAAUGUCACAACAGGGAAAGCUAAUGCCAUUGACACUGCCAUGGUAGCCAUAUUCUCUUUCAUCAAUUCCCGCCACUACUCUUCAACGCUCUCUACAAAACAUGCGCUCCAAGGACAGAAUCGCUUACUUCUAUGACGGCGAUGUUGGUAGUGUUUACUUUGGUGCAAAGCAUCCAAUGAAGCCACACCGGCUUUGCAUGACUCAUCAUCUUGUUCUCUCAUAUGACCUUCAUAAGAAAAUGGAGAUUUAUCGUCCACAUAAGGCUUAUCCUGUUGAGCUUGCCCAGUUUCACUCGGCUGAUUAUGUUGAGUUUUUGCACAGGAUUACGCCUGACACUCAACACUUGUUCUUAAAUGAACUGACGAAAUAUAAUCUUGGAGAAGACUGCCCUGUAUUUGACAACUUGUUUGAAUUUUGUCAGAUUUAUGCUGGCGGAACUAUAGAUGCUGCUCGUCGAUUGAACAACCAACUUUGUGAUAUCGCUAUAAACUGGGCUGGUGGACUUCACCAUGCAAAGAAAUGCGAGGCAUCUGGGUUUUGUUACAUCAAUGACUUGGUUUUAGGAAUCUUGGAGCUUCUUAAAUAUCAUGCCCGUGUUUUGUAUAUUGAUAUAGAUGUGCACCAUGGUGAUGGCGUAGAAGAAGCCUUCUACUUCACUGAUAGGGUGAUGACUGUCAGUUUUCAUAAGUAUGGAGACCUGUUCUUCCCGGGUACUGGUGAUGCUAAGGAAAUAGGAGAAAGAGAAGGAAAGUUUUAUGCGAUAAAUGUCCCACUGAAGGAUGGAAUAGAUGACCUUAGCUUCACACGACUUUUCAAGACUAUUAUUUCCAAAGUAGUUGAAACAUAUCAACCUGGUGCAAUAGUUCUCCAGUGUGGAGCAGAUUCGCUUGCUGGAGAUCGCUUGGGUUGCUUCAAUCUCUCUAUUGAUGGUCACUCCGAAUGUGUUAGCUUUGUAAAAAGAUUCAAUUUGCCAUUGCUGGUCACUGGAGGUGGAGGAUACACAAAAGAAAAUGUUGCUCGAUGUUGGACUGUUGAAACAGGAGUUCUUCUGGAUACAGAGCUUCCUAAUGAGAUUCCGGAAAAUGAUUAUAUUAAAUAUUUUGCACCAGAAUUCUCUUUGAAGAUUCCAAAUGGGCAGAUAGAAAACCUAAAUAGUAAAUCAUAUCUUAGCACUAUUAAAAUGCAAGUCUUGGAAAAUCUUCGUUGCAUCCAACAUGCUCCAAGUGUUCAAAUGCAGGAGGUCCCUCCUGACUUCUACAUUCCAGAUUUCGAUGAAGAUGAGCAGAACCCUGAUGAGCGUAUUGAUCAGCACACUCAAGACAAGCACAUCCAGCGCGAUGAUGAAUAUUAUGAAGCUGACAAUGACAAUGAUCAAAUGGAUGUUUCAUGAAAUUAGCUGGACCUUGAUUCACUGCAGUCACAUUUCAGAGUCAAGGGGUGCAGUCAUGAUAUAAUGACUAUUUUCUUUUUAUCUUAUUUUUAGUUUUAUGAAGAAUGCCAGAAUCUCUCUUUUUAACAUAAUCUUCCUUGUACACCCUCUUCCUUGUAUAUUUAAUGGAAUUUUUAGUUUCAAAGUUUCA